CCUACUGUGUUUCUGAAAGUAAAUUUGUUGCACUUUUGAAGGAACAAGGAAGAAAAUGAUCUAAAAAGUGCUAUAAUGUUUAAUACAAAGUAACACAACAACACUUCAAGCAGAAAUGCAACAACAUGCAUUGUACUAAUGGCAGUCAUGUUUGUUUGUCAAACUGGAAACCAUUAGAGAUCAUUGUCCAUUUGGGAUCUAUUAUGCCUACUUAUAGUGUAGUAACAAAUAAAAUGCUGAACAUGUCUUAGAUAAAAGUGUAGGGAGCUGUUGAAGAUAUAGUGGAUUUAAAUGGCAAACAUUACAUGAUUUUUUUGUGUCUAAUGCUUUUUUGUUUUCUUUAUACAAUAGCAGGAAGUAUGUUAACAGUUCCACAUUUUGUGAGUUCAUCUACUGUUUUCCAUAACUUGUAGUUUUCUGCUUAGACAUUUGUGUUUGAUAUUUAGUCACAGUUUCUACUGUUGUAAUCGCAAGGAUUAUGUUGUACACUAAUGUAACAACGAUAAAAAACUUUGUCAUCACUGGAUUUCCAGGUCUUAUGCCAAAGUAUUAUGGCCCCGUUUCAGCUACACUUUUUCUGCUUUAUUUGGCUAUAGCAGCUGGAAACAUUUUUGUUUUAGUUUUUGUGAAAUAUGAAAGGUCUCUUCACAAACCCUCAUAUGUCAUCUUUUGCCACUUGGCACUAAGUGACAUAAUGUUUGGAACAGUAACGCUACCAAAGACAAUAUCUUUAUACUGGUUUAACGACAGAAUUAUAUCAUUUUAUAGUUGUUUUGCCCAAAUGUACUUUGUUCACUUUUUAGGAUCAACUCAUUCUUUCAUUCUGAUGGUGAUGGCGCUGGAUCGCUUCAUUGCAAUUUGCUCUCCUCUGCGCUACAAUUCACUUUUCACAAAUACAACUGUUUCUGCGCUUUGUGGAAUCUCAUGGUUAAUGCCGAUUUUGUGGAUGUUUGGUGUGGUUUUUGAUGCUAUGAGUCUACCUUUUUGUAAUUCAAAUAUAAUUGUUCACUGCUACUGUGACCAUUUAUCAAUAAUUAACCUUGGAUGUGAGAAUGUACGAAGUUCAACAGUUCUGGGAUUGGGUCUUGCCAUAUUCUGUUUGUUGUUACCUCUGGGAUUUAUUGUUCUAUCCUAUUUUAUCAUCAUCGCUUCUGUUCUGAAAACAUCAUCCUCUAAAGGAUGCAUUAGGGCAUGGUCGACUUGCACACCUCAGCUAAUUAUCACCUGCCUUUAUUAUCUGCCGAGGUUAUUUGUUUAUUUGGCUAACUUUGUAGGCUACACGUUCAGUGCUUCUGUUCGAAUUGUUGUUGUAAUGCUGUAUAGUCUUUUACCUGCUGUUGUCAACCCAAUAAUUUACUGCUUCAAAACAAAGGACAUCAAAGACAGCUUAAAAAUGAAGUUUUUUACCAAAUGAACUAAUAUAGCAACAAAGGCUGGUUAAAUUUUAAUAGAAGAAGAAGAAGAUUGCAGAAGAAAGACUUUUUACAGAUGUAGCUGGGAGACUGAAAGAGCUCUACAUACUUCAGUCAAGUUGAAGUUAGUGCCUUUUAUUUUGUCAAAAGGAUUUGCUUUAAUGAAAAUUUAAUUCUAGAUUUUUGUUUUUACUCUGUUUUUUUAGUCUGUUAUCAAUUUAAUUUAUAAAAUAAAUGUAUUAACCCAAAAAUAAACCAUAUAUAGAUCCUUUCAACUGCAAAUUGUAAAGUGAAUUUAUUAUUUCUAUAUCUCUUUAUAACUUUGUUUAACAUGUAUGAACAAUAAAUCUACUUGUGGGUAAAGACUAUAUUCAGGUGGUAAAAAUAUAUUAUGAGUGUAAAAUUUCUCAGGGCAACAAUAAGGUCAAAUUAAUGGAGGUUUUUUUUCCACUGUCAGAUUUCUACAGAUAUAUGGCACAAAAUUGAAAAAUUAAAAUUUUGUAAGACUUUGAAUAAAAAAUGAGGACUGGCUUUAUAGAAUCAUCAGUUCUCUUUGAAAAUAAAACAUGUUAGGUGUAAAUUACAUGUGUUAUUUGUUUCAGGAUUAAAGUUGAGGUCCUAGAAAAACAGCCAUCUUAAUUGUGAGUGAACACCAGAACAUGGAAUCAAUAACCUCAGAUGGUUCUGUGACACUGCAGCUUUAUUGGAGCUCCUCCUGAUUUGGGUUGAUAGACACCAACUUUACUGCUAAGCCUCCUGAAAACUAGGUAAAAACAAAAACCUGGUAAAAUCCAGGAACUUCUCUUAGAUGUGCUUUGGGGAAAAAUGUUGAUCGAAGUUGUGAGACUUCCUCCCUUUAUAAACAAGGUGUCUGGUCAAUGAAAGGUGGUGACAACUCUGCAGUAACUUCACAUGAAAAACAGCAAACCAAUUCAGCGCUCAGCUGAGAGAUGAGAUUUAUUUAUUUAUUUUUGCAUGAUUGAAAAGUCUAUUUAUCUCAUUAACUCAA